UGAUGAUUGGAAAUUUGCGUGGCUUGCCAUAUCAUUUAAUAUUUUGUGAAUCGUGUUACAACUGUUUUUUGCUGCGAUCUGCGAUCAGCUGCGAUAGAAUUUUAAUAAACUCGAGAUUGAUUUGAGUGCAAGUGAUAAUUUCAAUAUUAGGGGAAAGAAUUUCUCACUCAUGUGAUGAGCAGCGCAUGUGAGGAUUCGUGUCCAUGGACGAACUAUUUGUCGGAGGCGAUCAAUAAAUACGUGCUCAACCUGUUUUCAUUCCUGUCGACAUUCGGUCUAACCUUUAAUUUUGGCGACAUCGUCAUCAUUGAUGACGAGACGUCGUUGAAGCUCCGCGAAUUUCUCCACGAAUUGAUAGCAUUGCUGUCAUUUGACGAUUUUCAGUUACAACUGCUCAAAGUCUUCCUGUUGACAUUUCUAAGUAGCGUGGCGUUAAUCUUCGUUGCUUGGUACAUUUAUGGCUCUAGAAUUACGGAGCAGUUCAUGAAAACAGGCGCUGCUGAAGAUUGUAAUUCAUCAACUGAGUAAUAUAUUAGAUAUUUAAUUACUAUUGGACAGUCUAUUGACUUUAUAAC